CACCAGCAGCGAGAGGACUGCUCGAGGCCUGGUUGUACCAUUACUUCAAAUCGACACUACGUCACGGAGCUGGUGCGCAUGGCUCCGGAAGGAGUUGUGCUGAAAAAGCAGAGUGGUUGUAUAGCCUCUACUACCUCCGCAAAUCAUAAUCCGG